AUGUCUGUAUCAUUGGGCCAAUCGAGUCGUCCAAUUUCAACUGGCACAUGUUUUCCAAUCAACGAAAAAUGCUGGUGCAGUACAGUUAGAUUCGACGAAGUGAAAUAUGUUUGGAAAAUACCUAAUUUCAGUGCGAUCGACGAAAAAGGUGACGAAAUCGAAUCGCCUAAAUUCUUAGCUCCUACGAAUCACGAAGUACGAUGGCAUUUAGAGCUCCUUCCUAGAGGCGAAGACGGCGAAGAAGAUACUCUUUGCAUAUAUUUAUAUUUGAGCGAUAACAGCAUAUGCCAAAGAGUAUUCGCACGAUCCAUUUUCUCUAUUUUGGAUAAGGGACACAAAGAACUCUUCCGAACGACUUACGGAUAUCACGAAUUCAACAAUGCCUUAGCCGAACAUACCGAUUCCGGUGGGGAUGCUUGGGGCUGGACUAAUUUUCUCAAGAAAGACGAGUAUUUUAAGAAAAACAUAAUACAAAACGAUACCUUAACGAUUUCAUUCGAAGUAACGUUCUUUAAAAUGAGUGACAAAAAUUUCGCUAAAAUUUUUCGUAGAUGUAAUACUUCUCAUUUACAACAACUUUCCGAAAAUUUUUCGUCGGCGCUUGAGAAUCAUGAUUUUUCAGACUUCACGCUUUCGUUACGAGGAAAGGAUUUUCCCGUUCAUAAGGUGGUUUUAGCUUCGCGCAGUAAUUAUUUCGAUAAAAUGUUCAAAAGCGGUAUGGUGGAAAAUGAACUAAAUCGUGUAGAAAUUACCGACGUAACGGAAGACGUAAUGGUUGAAAUGUUGAAAUUUAUUUAUACCGGAAAAUGCGAAAAUGUGAAUAAACUGGCCGACGGUUUAUUAGCCGCUGCUGAUAAAUACGAUUUGGAUGAAUUAAAAAUGAUUUGCGUAGAAUCAAUUUCCAAGUCUUUAUCGGUGGAUAACGCGCCGAAUAUACUGGUACUGUCUGAUCUGUAUCGUGUGAGUAAAUUAAAAUCUAAAGUGAUUGACUUUAUUCUAGCUAAAUCGACUGAAAUCAUGAAUUCGGCGACUUGGAACAACAUUAUGCCGAUGUAUCCUCAACUGUUGAAUGAUGUGUGUAAGGCGUUUUCUCGUAAGUUUGAAAGUAAAAUAAGUGUAGCAUUAUCUAACUGA